AUGGAAACUGUAGGAUCUCCAUCUUUGGAAAUCUUUGUGAGAGAACCAGAUGGUUUUACCAUUUGGGAUGGACCUCCUUUUGCUAAUAAUGAUAAACCCAGUGUCAAGCUUGAUAAAGUGCAAUGCUCCAGUGGACAAUUUAGUGAAGAUGGAUCAAAGCUCAUGAUUAUAAAGUCUGAUUCUGAGAUUGUAAUAUAUGAUUGCAAAAGCUGGAGAGUUGUGAGGUCUUUCAAUGUACCGAAUGUUCUCGCAGCGACUUUCUCUCCUUGGGGGACUUAUCUUCAGACCUUUCAGAAGUCAGCAUCACCUCAAGAAAAGAAUGUGGUCUUAUGGAAGACAGAUACUGGAGAUUCUGUUCAUCAGUUCUCCCAAAAGAACAUGACCAAGGCAACAUGGCCUUCAAUACGGUUCAAUUCUGAUGAAUCUGUUGCAUGUCGUAUGGUGACUAAUGAAGUCCAGUUUUUCGAUCCUACGGACUUUUCUAAAGGUGUUGUGUCUCAGCUUAGAGUUCCUGGAGUGGCUGCUGUUGAGCUUUCUAAGGCAACUGGGAGUUUUGUGGCAGUUUUUGUUCCUGAAUCAAAGGGAAUGCCAGCUAGUGUUCAAAUAUUUAAUGCUGGAAAAGAUUUGCAGAGCCCCAUUGCACGUCGGAGCUUCUUCCGAUGUUCAACCGUGAAAAUGAACUGGAACUGUGGUUCAACUGGGUUACUUAUUCUGGUACAAUCAGAUGUUGACAAAACUAAUCAGAGUUACUAUGGAGAAUCAAAGCUGAACUACUUGACCACUGAUGGAACCCAUGAAGGACUAGUUCCCCUACGUAAAGAAGGACCAGUUCAUGAUGUUCAGUGGUCAUGCUCUGGUAAAGAGUUUGCAGUUGUUUAUGGAUUUAUGCCAGCAAUGGCAACAAUCUUUGACAAGAAGUGCAAACCGAUUCUUGAACUUGGAACUGGUCCGUACAACACUAUCCGAUGGAACCCAAAAGGAAAAUGCCUUAAUUCAGUAAAAAUGUCAGUCAUCUGUUUGGCAGGAUUCGGGAAUUUGCCAGGUGACAUGGUGUUCUGGGAUUAUGUAGAGAAGAGAAAGCUAGGAACUACCAAAGCAGAAUGGUCUGUGACAAGUGAAUGGUCUCCUGAUGGCCAAUAUUUUAUGACGGCUACUACAGCCCCAAGACGGCAAAUUGAUAAUGGGAUGAAAAUCUUUCACCACAAUGGAUCAUUGUAUUUCCAAAGAUUGUUCGAUAAAUUGUAUCAGGUUGAUUGGAGACCGGAAUCACCAGAUAAGUUUGGGGAUAUUGCAGAACUCGUGAAGUCUGUAGAUAAUUUGAAAAUUCAGGAUAUUGGUAGCAAAGAUGCAGGACAAGGGUCAAAAUCCUCCCAGAUCUCUUCAAAACCAACACCUCCUAACCCUUCCUCACAGAAACCUGCUGCCUACCGGCCCCCUCAUGCUAAAGCUGCUGCAGCUGUUCAAGCAGAGCUAUUUGGUGGAAAUCCUUCUGGAGAGAUGAGCAAAAAUGCAUUGAGAAACAAGAAAAAAAGGGAAAAACAGAAAGAGAGAAAAGCCGCUGAGGCUGCUGGUGCCUCUAAUGAUGCAUGA